GUGGCUAGGAGCCGAGAGCGGGUAUGUUUCAGGGGACAGAGCCUCUCUUCUGAACCCCCAGGCAGAUUCAGCAGGGCAGACUCUAGACUGUUGCCUUUUCUCCACCCAGAAAUCAAUUUUGCAGGUUUUUUUGAUUUCCUUGUUGCAGGCUUUGGCAAAUCCAAAUGAUUUCCAAACCUUUUAUUUCUUUUGCUGCUGUGGCUGCUGCUGCUGGGGGUUGGAGCAAGAGAUUAAUGAUUUGCUUCUCCUUCAAUGUGUAAUUCAGGGAUAGGGAAAAGGUCAGGCCUGGUCAGCUGACAUUGUGAAUCCUGUCAAUUCUGGCCACUCUGGAGGGGGGUUGUUGUAUUUUCCUCCUGCCCUGCUUCCUGCCCUGUCUUUUCUUUAGCCUUCUCCUCGUUCCCUAGCACUCUGUUUUGCUCACACACAAUCCCCACCAUGAAUUCACAAGCGGCUUCAGGACACAUCUGGCUGAUUUUCUUUUUCUUUACCAGCUCAGCAAAAGGGAACUUAGAGACACCAUCUUUCCAGCCUGGAAUCCUCUAUCAAUACCGCUACUCACUGGAGGUGCAGCUAGAUUAUGUCUCAAGGUUGUCCUUGCAAGGAAGUCGGAUGCGGGCUGAAGCUUUGGUUCAGGUGCACCUGCUCUGGAGAAAUCCUGCAGGGGAGCAGCUUCUCCAGAUCCAGAUCCAAGACCUAAAAGUCUACCAUGAUUCAAAACACAAGAAGAUUCAGAAUGUUACUGGAGACCCAUCCACUGAGGUUGUGCUGGGCAAAGAGGACACCGAAGAGCUUCAGCUGCCAGUUUUCCUCCACUGGAAGAAUGGGAAGGUAGAAGGCAUCUACGGAGAUAAAGGAAGAAGGUCCCAGACCUUGAAUCUGAAACAGGGCCUCAUCAGUCUCCUCCAAUUCCAGCCACAUUCUGGGACAGCAACUGAGGAGGAUGUUUCUGGGAGCUGUCAAGUCACAUAUGUUGUUUCCGAGGAUUCCAUUGUAAAGACAAAAGAUCUGCAAAGCUGCACAAGGCCAAAGUUUGGAUUCACCUCCGUUAACAAAAUUUUUGGAGUUCUGUGGCAACCCACCAGCAGAAGCUUUUACUCUGUACAAGGAAGUCUCAUCCAGUCAGUGCUGUCGGAGGAAAGCCACGUAGUCUCUCCAACCUUGAAGUCCUCCAUUGGCACCAAGAUCAUGUCAAGACAGCAGCUUGAACUUGUGUCUUCUUCGAUGCCUGGCCCUGCAGAGACUCCUGGACAAAGCCUUCAGGAAGCUCUGGCUGGCAUACUGGAAAAGCACCAGCCUAUAAGCACAAUUAGCGAGCCCUUCAAGAGGACCUGCAUACAGUGCCCGUCACUCAAAACAUAUUUGAGGACUCUUGGUAACAGGAGAGUCAAAAUGGAUGUCUCCAAGGUGUCGACAACCUGGCAAUUCCACAGGUUCAUCCAGAUGCUGCGUGGUGCCAAGAAGAGGGAUGUCCUCCAGCUGCUGAGGAAAGCUCCGGAGAAGACAGUUACCUUCUUCAUUGAUGCUGCAGUUGCUGCCCAGUCAACAGCUUCCUUGGCAGCUCUUUCUGAAUUUCUGGAUUUUAGCAACAAAGGGCAAGUGCCCCUGCUAGAGCAGUUUCUCUAUGCUGCAGCCUUCUCUCCUCGGCCCUCAAAAGAACUUCUGCGCCUGGUGCUAGACAAGCUGAAUGGAAAGGAGUUAGACCCUGCCAUCUGGGAAACAGGGAUAAUUGUCAUUGGCUCGCUAGUUGGCAAGCUGUGCCGGAUGAAGCUGUGUGGAUUGCAGGAAGUAGGACUUGGAAUGGAAACUGUUCUGAGAAGAUUAAGAGACACCAAGGAGAAUUCUGAGAUAAUCAUUUACCUGUUGUCCCUGCAGAAUGCUCUGCUCCCAGAAACCAUUCCUACUCUCCUGCAUUAUGCAGAGGAAGGGUCUGCAGGGGUCUCAGGUACAGCAGUAUCUGCCCUACAAAGGUUCUCCUCUCAGCAUAUCACUGGUGAGGUGAAAAAGGCAAUGAGGAGGAUUUUCCAUCAGAAAAGCAGAAACUAUGAAAAAACCUCUCGACUAGCUGCUGCUGAAAUUCUGUUGGAUAAUGAGCCUUUGCCCAUGGACCUCACCAAUAUCCUGCUGGCCACCAGAGACCUGGAAGCAGAAAUGUCAAAAUUUUUACUUUCGAAAAUCCAGACUAGUUUACAUUCUCACCAUCACCCAGCCAGGAAAGCAAUGAAAGAAAUUCUGAGAGAUCCACAGAUCAAUAAUUACAACUACCUCUCCAAAGCUGGCAGUUCCUCUUCUUUCUCAGGACCCUUGGCAGUCACUGAUGACAUGCUGUCCACUUUCAGUCUGGAGCUGCUAUUCACUGAGAGUGGUCUCCUGAGGAAGAGUGUCUCAGGUUUCAUGCUGCGAAGCCAUGGCCACCAGCUUCAGGCAGCUCAGGUCUCUAUUGAAGCCCAGGGGUUGGAAUCUGUGAUGGGAGAGAGUAACCCUGAAGGAGAAGAGGAACAGGAGCUCAUGGCUGGGAUGUCUGCCAUUUUCUUUGACGUCCAGUUACGGCCAAUUGUUUUCUUCCAAGGAUAUACAGAUUUAAUGACCAAGGUUCUCUUAAGCAGCGGAGAGCCAACCAGUGUGGUCAAAGGGACUGUCCUGCUGAUGGAUCAUGAACAGGCAAUUCCACUUCAGUCUGGACUGCAAACAGUGGUUAAACUUCAGGGGGCACUUGGGUUAGAUAUUUCAGCCAACAUUGAUAUGAAUUUAUGGGAGCAAGAAUCAAGAACCAGCGUCAAAACAAGGGGUGGACUGGCCAUUGAUUUCACAGCAGAAAUCGAUGCCCCUUUCUUUCAAGCCAGUGUGAAAAGCCAGACAGAGGCGGAAGCCUCAAUCAAUUUUGAUACAGCGGUGAGAUUUUCUGGGAAUCCUGUGCUCAUGUGUCUGCAGCUAAGGGAGGAGCAGCUCCCCUACAGAGAAAUCUUUACAAUCUCUGAAUCUUCACUGAACCAAAACAUCACUGUUCGCAAGGGGAGAUGGGGCACUAUUGCUGGACGUGAGCUUUCCUUGCACAGAGCCAACUCCGAGAUGUGCAAGAUCCUGUUGACAGAGGCAAAGGAGCAGUAGAGGAAUCAAUGUGUGCUGGGUCUGGAUUUAUCAUUCCUCCUUUUUCCUUGGUCCCAAAUUCUCAGUGAGCUGCAUCCAUGAGCCAGACCCAGGACUGAUGUGGGCAGCCCAGAACCCUUUCUAGCUCCCACAAGAGUCUGCUUUUUACUGACUGUAAUAAAAACAAGUGUCCCUAUUGCAAGAGAACAUGUUGAAAUCAGGGUGCCAAAUGUGGUUGGGACAUGAAUCCCUAGAGUCCAUCAAGGCAAGUCCCUUGUAAAGGGCCAGCUCUGAGAUGUGCAAGAUCCAGUUGGCACAGUAAAAGGAACAGCAGAAUUAACAUGUUCUGGAUCUGGCCUUGAGAAUCCUUAAGACACCAAGAAAGGAGAGAGGUAGAAUUUUCAUAAUCAUGUACCCUUCCCUCUGAUGGUCAUUCUCCAUAUGGGAUGGUCCCUUAGGGCACGUCUUCACUACUCGCCAGAUCGGCGAGUAGCGAUCUAUCUAUCGGGGAUCGAUUUAUUGUGUCUAGUGUAGACGCGAUAAAAUUGAUCCCCGAUCACUCUGCCGUCGACUCCAGAACUCCAUCGCAGCGAGAGGCAGAAGCGGAGUCGGCGAGGGCGCGGCAGCGGUCGACUCGCCGCCAUCCUCACAGCCAGGUAAGUCGACCUAAAAUACACAACUUCAGCUACGCUAUUCGCGUAGCUGAAGUUGCGUAUCUUAGGUCGACCCCCCGUUGUGUAGACCUAGCCUUAGAAGCAAAACUGGGCCACCAUAAACCUCACAGCUAAGACCCCUUGCUUUGAGAGUCAAAAGGUGAAUUUCAGGCAGUCUUAAGAAAGUGUUCUGAGAAAGGAUACCCAGAAUGGCAUGUUAGUCACACAUUUCUCCCCACUCAUCUGAGUAACCACCGGGGGUAAAAGUGAGCCGGUACUGGCCAGUACUCCAUACCAGUAAGAACCCGCACCAGUCCAUACCCAGCCUACAUUAAAACGCUGGCAGAGCUUUAAUGUCCCUGCCCCUUUUGCCUCCCCUGUCAGGGGCCCUGCCAGUAGGGUCCCUACCGGCAGGGCCACCAACGGGGGGACGACAGCAACGUUAAAGCACUGCUGAGGCAAAGGACCCUGCAGCGCUUUAACGUCCCUGCCCCUUUUGCCCCCUCCCCUGGCUGCUGACGGGUGGGAAAGACAAUUUCAGAAUUGGAACCUCCAUCAAACCAGAACAGAUUAAGCGGUCAUACGCCUUCACUACUAGUCCAAACCAAUGAACAGAAUGGUCUGGUUGCCAGAUGUCGAGAUGCUACUUGAGCACAUUCCCAGAGUUUCACCUCCUUCCUGGCUUCCUUUAACUUCCCAUGUGCUCUCCUAGGAUUUACAGAGGUCUUUGCGGCCCAGAUGAGGAGCUGUAUUACCUGGGGUCAAAUAGGAAAUUACAUACACAGCAGCACAUUCUUGGAUUUAAAAAAUACAAUAAUUGUAUACACUGGGGCUCAUAAAUUGGAAGAAUUUAACUGUGGUUACCCAGAAAAAUGUGUCAGUUUUGCCCUAAGGAAAUUGAGACAAUUCCUCAGUAUCUGCUGUAUUCCCUGUUAUGAAGCAAUCCUUGGCAAUGCGUUGUUAAGAUUGCAGCUAAAUUGCUGUUUAAACAUGUAUUUUGCAUUCUCUAUUAAUACUUACUUUAUGGCAUACCUUGACAACUGCAAAACCCGAGGUCAAGCUAUUUACUGCUCAGCAUCAAUUGGCAAGUUUUAAGAAUGGCCACUGCCUAUUGGAGUAUGGCAGGAGGCACUGAUUGUCACCAAUAGUGCUCUAAGUGGCUGAUUGGACCUUAAUGGUGAUGUUCAGACACAGCUAUGCACCACAAUGCACAGCCAAAACUUCAAAAAGAGAAGAACCCCUCUAGCCCUUUUGUUACUGAUGCUUUUAGAGCCAGGGCAGUCAGACUAAAGAGCAUUCAGAGCCUGCCGAGUCCCACUGGCCCCAGCAGCAUCUUCACUUUCCCUGCUACUUUGUCUUGCCCUUGUUCUAAGACAGCCACCCCCAUAGCAAAGUUAAGGCCUUGACUAGCCACACACCCAUGUAACAGUUUCAAGAUGACCACCUCUGGUCACAGAGGUAUGUAUAACACUGGUAAACCACUAAAAAGCAACAGAGGGUCCUGUGGCACCUUUAAGACUAACAGAAGUAUUGCAGCAUAAGCUUUCGUGGGUGAAUGCCCACUUCAUCAGACGCAAGUAAUGGAAAUUUCCAGAGGCAGGUAUAAAUCAGUAUGGAGAUAACGAGGUUAGUUCAAUCAGGGAGGAUGAGGUGCUCUGCUAGCAGUUGAGGUGUGAACACCAAGGGAGGAGAAACUGCUUCUGUAGUUGGAUAGCCAUUCACAGUCUUUGUUUAAUCCUGAUCUGAUGGUGUCAAAUUUGCAAAUGAACUGGAGCUCAGCAGUUUCUCUUUGGAGCCUGGUCCUGAAGUUUUUUUGCUGUAAGAUGGCUACCUUUACAUCAGAUCAGGAUUAAACAAAGACUGUUAUCAGCAUCUCCAGCCCUCCAGAUUGGGGACCCAACAGUCACAGAAUCAAAGGGAGAUGCUUUCUUUGUUCCCUAAGGGUAUGUCUUCACUACCAGCCAGAUCGGCGGGCAGCAGUGGGGAUCUAGACGUGAAAAAAUCGAUUCCCCGAGCACUCUCCCGUCGACUCCUGUACUCCAGCUCGGCAAGAGGCGCGGGCAGAGUUGAUGGGGGAGCGGCAGCAGUCAAUUCACUGUAGUGAAGACACAACGGUAAAUAGAUCUAAGUAUGUCAACUUCAGCUACAUUAUUCAUAUAGCUGAAGUGUGUAACUUAGAUCGAUCCCUCCCCCCAGUGUAGAUCAGGCCUAAGUAAUGGAUAACAAAAAUGACUUUUUGCUCCACUUACAUUACCCAAAGGCCAUUGUCUCUGCCUCAAGAGCCAGAAAGGAUUCCUGGGGUGCAGAGUCUUCCUCCGCAGUGUGCUCAUUAAGGGUAUGUCUACAGUUAAAAUGCUACAAUGUAGCCACUACCUACACCAACGGGAGAGGGUCGCCCAUCUGCCUAGAUAAUCCACCUCCCCAAGAGGCACUAGCUAGGUUGACGGAAGAAUUCUUAUGUGAACAUAGCAACAGAGGGUCCUGUGGCACCUUUAAGAGUAACAGAAAUAUUGGGAGCAUAAGCUUUCGUGGGUAAGAACCUCACUUCUUCACUUGCAUCUGACCCUUUAAGGAACACAAGUGACACAUGUUGACAAUUUUUGGAAAAGGCCACCUGGCGGUGAUAGAUUGGGCCAGGUGGCCUUUUCCUAAAAUUGUCAACAUGUGUCACUUGUGUUCCUUAAAGGGUCAGCUCAUCAAGUGACAAUAUGUUAUAAACCCAAUUCCUAGUCAUGGGUCUUCCAGUGUCAUAUAACUUCUGUUCUUUUCACAAUAAAAGAAAUUGAUAAAAGUA